AUAUUCAUCGAGCCCAUCCAAGAGUAGAAAAGCAAUGGCUCUUCCAAUUAAGAACCUGGUGGAAUACACCAGAGUUAGGAUUCCAUCACCGAAGCCCUCACCGUCACCAUCACAGUCACAGUCGUCUUCGUCGUCGUCGUCGUCGUCAUCAUCAUCAUCAUCUUCGCCACCCAACCCUGCAACAAAAGGUUGCGUCCGGACACCAAAUUUAUGUUCUAGGCAUUUAAUGAAACAAAACGAUGAUAACUUUAAGCGUAGCGCUUCGCCACUUCGUCUGAUGAAUUAUCAAAAUGGCUCCUGGAUUGAUCUCUCAAACGAAGUGAUUGAUUCUGUCAAAUCCAGUUUCUUAGAGCACAAGCCAAUGGUUAUUGUUACAAUUGAAGGGUCACAGUAUGUGUUUGACUUUCUGAGAAUGCUACAGAUUGAUUUAGAGACUGGAAAACUACGUUCGAUUGCGUGGAUUGAUGUGAACGGUAAAUGUUUUUUCCCUACAUGUUUUCUCAGUGAAGAAGAUGAAGAUUGUGUAGAGAAGCCAGAAAGUGAUACAACUAAAAUCGAGAUCGAGAUCAAUAUUAAGGAUGGCUUAGGGAAGAGACAACGAGAGGCGGUUAACAAAGAAGACGAAGUCAGUUCCGAGGACUUGUUAAAACGACCACGUUUAACCACACAACGAGCAGAGUCAUUUAGAUGGCUAAAUACAAAGUUGUUGAAAGAAACUGACAGAGCAUAUACAUUCGUAAGAGACUCUUUUCUUGCGGGAAUGAAAAAAAUCGGUGCUACGGUGACUGUCACCUCCAUUCAUCAGUGUACACGUGAAGGUCAUUUGCAGAAAGCGCGCUUGGAGGUUUUCCAAAAACAGAUUGAGAUGACAAAAGCAGCUCGUGGCGCGUCAAAUACUGUGUAUGCAUGGCACGGCACGUCACCAAGAGGCGUUGAGAGCAUUCUAGCCCACGGUUUCGGUGCGCCUAGCAAGUUUUCGACUUAUGGGAUCGGCGUUUAUCUGUCACCCCUCGGAUUGCCUGGUUUAAGUGCCCAACUUGCUGAGGCGGACCAGAAUGGUGAGAAGCACGUGAUACUAAGUCGUGUUAUAUUGGGACAUGUGGAAAAAGUUGAGGCGGGGGCUCAACAAUGUUACCCAUCAAGCGUAGAUUUCGAUUCUGGUUCUGAUGAUCCAAAAAAUCCAAAGUGGUAUGUAGUAUGGACAAGCAACAUGAACAGGCACGUUAUUCCCGAGUGUGUUGUGAGCUACAGGUCGACAGGCCACUCGCAAGGCCAACUGAAAGGAGCCAAUUGCGCAAAGUAUCGAUUGGAGAAGUUAAUUUCAAAGAUGAAGAGUUCACUUUCACCUGCCAAACUGCAGGAAUUUAUGAAUUUGUACCGUAUUUACAAGGCAGGGAGGCUGGCAAAAGAUAGCUUCUUUAAACAGAUGCGAUUGGUAGCUGGGGAUCAGAUUCUGCUAUCUGCAAUUCGAGAGAUCCAUGCUUCAGAAUGAGGUUACUAAGCAUAUUGUUUCAUUUGGAAGCAUUUAGUUUUGAAUUUCUGGUUAUUCUAUCCAAUUGAUAGAAUCACAUGUAAUGAUGGUUACAACAAGGCAUAGAAAGAUUACAAAAAAUUGUAGAUGUUGAAGAAAUACAAAAGAUCUUGUAGUUUUUAACCCCAACCCAACCAGUCAUGUAAUAGCCAUGCAUGCCUGCCAUAAUGGAUAUGGUAUAGUAAUAAAUGUCACUUCACUAGUGAACAUCAACUUUCUUGAUCUUCCCUAUGUUAUGGGCUAUAGGUAUUUGAUGAUGUCCUAAGAUUAUGAUGACCAUUAACUUAAAUGUGCUUUGAAUAUAUUUUUGGCCAUUUAUCA